CAUCAUAUAAAUUGAAAAAGGUUCCGGAAAACAGUGUGUUUAAGAAUAGCGGUACAGAGACUCCCGAACGCCUGAAUAUCCGAUUGUGACCAGUCUGCGAUGAAUGCAAUUAAUUAAUUUACAACAAUUUAAUUUUUUGACCUGCAAAAUCUGUGGAGUGGUUAGUGUGGCGCACAGUUAUCAAUUUCUUACAAUUGAAUUAAUUGGUUUUGAUUUAAUUUUCACGCGCUCAUUGAUUAGUCCCAUUGGAUUAAUUACAGAACAACCAUAAACAUAUGAGUACAUAAGAUAUAUUAACACCUUAUAGUUAAUUGAAUGGUUAAAAACAGCUGAGAACACCUACAUUUCCAAGAGCGCCUGGAGUUAUAGCCUCUUCCAAGUUAUUGAAUAAAUCUUACUCAACCAACAUCCUUGGGUAAAUCUGGAAGAAAUAUAUAAAAACAUACAUACAUAUACAUAUAUCUAUAUGUAGACUUGAACUAAACGUUUUUUAAAAAGCAACGACAGCUUGAGGUUGUAAAAAAUCUUAACAAAAACUCGAGUUAUAUAUUCGUACAAACGCUUUUACUUGUACAUUACUGAUGUUAGACACAAACUUUUGCGCCAGCGCCGAGGUAGUGAGUGAUUUUCAAGUAAACAUGGAGCACACCACCUUCGAUGAUCAAAUUUUCAACGAUUUCUCUGGUCCACUAAGCCCCUUGGGCGCCAAACCCCUAGCACAUAAUGGCAACGGUGUUAACUCCACUGGGACACACGGCAUACAUCCUGUCAUGCUUGGACUACCAUCAAACUCAGUACUACAACACAAUAAUAACGGCGAACUCUGUAACCAACGUUUACCCGAUUGUAAUACACUGCUGCCAGGUGGUUCGCCAAAGCUAGAUCCUUAUAAGACGCCAGACUAUGGUCAAAAACUGGAAUAUAGUUCAGUAAAUAAAAUGGGUUGCUAUUCGCCCACUCAGAAAUAUGAAUAUAUUACCACUAUUGCGCCCAAUGGCAAUAAUCCGCACAAGCUCGAUCAUCACUCAACCCAUCCACAACAAUACUCGGCCACACCACCUCCGGCACCAACUAGCGGUGGCGUUGCUAGUCCUAAUGGCCUGUUGCACCACAAACAAUUGCACAAUCCCCAUCAAACACCUAUGCUAGGUGACUAUCACACGCACAUGUCAGCCAAUGGCGGCAAAAUCGAUUACUCGCCAAAUUCUGUUGCAGCAGCUGCUAAGUUGGAGUAUGAGCAGCACAUGCAGCAAUUGUACGGCUCCAGCCCCCACCACGCACCACAUGCACACGACAGCAAUGUCGGCACGGUCACACUCAAUGGAAAUGAGGCUGCUCAGCAAGCAAAUGGCUUAAUCCCUAGCAGCGUAGCGCACAGCGGCACCAGCGACGGCGUCCUAAUUAAUUCCAACAAUGGUGCCACAAGUGUUGUGGGUGUUAAUAUAGCUGCAACUAAUCAAGCAUCAGCAGGCAAUAACAACAAGCACAAGAAAGCAGAUGAAAUGUGUCAAAUGGCAUCAUUAAGUUCUAAUAGUGGAGAGGUGAAUUCAAAUGGUAGCGGCAGCAGUGGAUCAAGCGGCAACUCCAACGGCGCUCAAUCAUCAACACCGGCGGCAAAAAACAAGAAUGACAAAAAGAAGAAUGACCCCAAUGGCAUCAAGAAAAAGAAAACUCGCACCACAUUUACUGCCUAUCAACUGGAAGAACUAGAGCGAGCUUUUGAACGAGCUCCCUACCCCGAUGUUUUCGCACGUGAAGAACUCGCCAUUAAAUUAAAUCUUAGUGAGUCGCGCGUGCAAGUUUGGUUCCAGAAUCGUCGAGCCAAGUGGCGCAAACACGAGCCACCACGUAAGACCGGCUACAUUAAGACAAACACACCACCAACAUCUUCGAUGAACACAACUCUUGGGCCACCAUUCGCUACUUUCCCGCAAACCACCACGGUCACUCCGCCUGGGAGCAUGGACAGUUGGACAAGCUACCAACCGCCAUACGAAUUGAGUCCUCAAUUCAGUUUGCUUUCACCUGCCGCCAGCCCAUACGGAACCUACUCAAGCCAAUAUGGCACGUACGUUCACGAAAGUCAACUAUUCCCGAUGCGUCACUUUGAAUAUGGCAGUCCGCCAAGACUGGAAAUGAAUGCGCCCAACAAUGGCGCAGAUGAUGGCAGUGUGUCGCACAAAAUGCAUGUCACCGAAAGCGGUUACGGUUCAUCUGCAAUCGAUGAGGCCAGUGCAUCGGCACAUAUGAGCGAUCACAAUGUCGUUGUGAUGCAUCAUCAGGUCACAAACAAUGGCAAGUAUUUAACCAAUGAAGAGGCUAAAUAUGUAAGUGUAGGCGGUGUAACGCACACAUUGAAUCCAUUGGAUCCACAUCAAUCGAAUGGUGGUUGUCACAUAGCCGAUACACAAUCACACACUCAUGAUGGCAAUAUAGCGAUAAAACAACAACAUUAUGGUAAUAUUGUUGCUGGAUCGGUAAGUUCUCAAAGCAUUGAAGAUCCGUGCAAUGAUGGCACCACUACUAGUAUACAAACCGUGAUCAAAAAUGAGGAUCACGGCAAUGGGUCAAGCCAGGGCGCCAACGUGACACAUAGCUACGUGUUGCCGCCUUUUUUGCACUAAAAGAAAUGCUCUCACAUCGCAAACAACACCAACAAUAUCAAAGAAAACCACCAAUAUCAAACAAAUUACCGACAGCUGACCCACUGAUGCCCGACACUCUUUGUCGACGAAACAUGCAACGGAAUUCGAGCCACUUACGAAAUUACUUUCAGCGACCCAUUUGAUCGCAAUUGCGGCAGAGAAGUUCAAUGGGCAGCUUCUGUCAAGUAUAUGGGAAAUUAAGAAAUUAAUGAUGAUGAGCAUUUCAACGUAAAUAUAUUUUAGAUACAUUUUAUUUUCGGUUCCUUUUCAAUUUUAAGUAUAUAUGUACAUGCAUAAAUGUUAUGAUGCUAUGCAUAUACGUAUGCAUGGCUGUAUAUAUGAUUAUGUGCACCUAUAAAUAUGUUGUAGAUACAUAAA